GCCGGUCGGCCGGCCCCCCCGCCAUGGGUCGGAAGCGCUGCGUGGGGGGAGACGGCUCCAAGAUGGCGGCGGGUUGCUGCGGGGUGAAGAAGCAGAAACUCUCCAGUUCCCCUCCCUCGGGCUCGGCCGGCCCGGGAGGCGGCGGCAGCGGCUCCCACUGCGGCGGGGCGGCGGCGGCGGGGGGCGAGCCGGGGGCGCUGCCCCCGCCAGGGGGCCCCCGCCUCAACGGCCUUGGGGGGCUGGCGGGGGGCGCCGCCGGCUGCGCCCUCUCCCCGCCGCUGCCGCCCAGCUGCGGCGGGGGCCCCGCCGGCCUCUCUCCGCCGGCCGCCUCCCUGCUCUCCUCCCCCGGCGCCGGCUCCGGCGGGCCCGGCUGCAGGAAGAUGGUGGUGUCGGCCGAGAUGUGCUGCUUCUGCUUCGAUGUGCUCUACUGUCACCUGUACGGAUACCAACCCCCGCGGAGCCCCCGCUUCACCAACGAUCCCUACCCACUGUUUGUAACGUGGAAGAUCGGUCGAGAUAAACGCUUGCGUGGCUGCAUAGGUACUUUUUCUGCCAUGAACCUGCAUUCAGGACUCAGGGAGUACACACUUACUAGUGCCCUUAAAGAUAGUCGUUUCCCCCCAAUGACGAGGGAUGAGCUGCCACGGCUUUUCUGCUCAGUUUCUCUACUCACUAACUUUGAAGAUGUAUGUGACUACAUGGACUGGGAGGUGGGUGUACACGGCAUUAGAAUAGAAUUCAUCAAUGAAAAAGGAUCAAAACGCACCGCCACCUACUUACCGGAGGUUGCAAAGGAGCAAGGAUGGGACCACAUUCAAACCAUAGAUUCCUUGUUGAGGAAAGGAGGAUACAAAGCUCCGAUCACUAAUGAAUUCAGGAAAACAAUAAAGCUAACCAGGUACCGUAGUGAGAAGAUGACAAUGAGCUACACAGAGUACCUUGCCCAUCGUCAGCACCAUCACUUCCAAAAUGGUAUUGGGCACCCCCUUCCACCGUACAACCAUUAUUCCUGACACAGAGCCGCAUGACCAGUCACUGGACCUCUCUGCAGACCUCUUCCCAGGAGACCCUGCCCCUUCUUGGUCUAGCUAUCUCUAUUACUGUACCAUUUUAUGAUGAUAGUUUCCGUUGCCAUGUUGGGGCUUCUCAGUUGGUUAAGCUCAUCAUGGCAACGGGAGGGACAACUGCAUCGCUACAAAGAUCCCAUACUUUUUUUAUUACUGAGUCACUGCAGAUUUUUUUGCAGCAUAUAUAGCCCUUGGGUUUUUUACGAAAUUUUAAAUUUCUACUUCAUUAACAUUGAAUUAUAUCAAUCAAGGCUUUCUGUGACUGUGGAUGGAAGGAAGAGUUUAAGGAUUACAGUUAGGGAUGCUUCGCUUAGCAGAAAGGCAUUAACGGCUUUUGCUUUAAUAGGCGUUACAGGGAAUGAAACAUAUCAGAUUCAGGUAUUAUACUAGACAAUGAAUUGCAUUUUCAUAAUGUUCUUAAUAAUGUUGUGUGUACAAUAUCUCACUCCCACAGUACAGAUUUCAUGUAGCUAUCUAUAUACGUGAUCUUCAGAUCCAGCACAUAGAGCCACAAAGUCAGGGCUCACAUGCAAAAUGCUUUUUUGGAUGAAGAGAAGCAAUGAGAUGUACAGUGAGAAGUAAUGUUGGUUAACAUGGCAGCAUUUUCAGAAUCAAGUGGACUAACUGAUAGGGCAUGAGAUUAUCCAGUAGGCUACCAGGUACCUUUGGCUCCCAUUCUGUGCAGGGAACCAAGGGCAACCCAACCCCUGUCAUAAUAAUGCAUUAAGAACAAGAUUAUGCCUUUCUGAUGAUCUCAAUUUAGGAGUGACAUUUGGUUUUUGGAAACAGGUUGGUGAGUAGCAGAUGUCGUAUUAGGAAAAAAAUGGAUUUAGAUUUUAGUGCCUUUGACUAUGACAUAACUAUAGACUUAUAUAUAAAAUUCAUAGAAAAAAUAUAGCAAGUACACUAGACACCCUAGCAAACUAAAGUCUGCUCUGGUGUCAGUUCUUUGGGGAUUUUUUUAAAGUGAGGGUGGAUUUUUUUUAAUAGCAAACCUAUUCUGGAAAAGAAAAAUCCCUGUUUUGUUCUUUCUUCUGCUUUUCAACUUGUUGAGUUUUAUAAAGUCAUGAAUAGUUAGAUAAAGCUAACUAUUGUCUAAAAAAUACAAAAGAUUGUUGAGCACAGGACAAGUAUGCCACAAUUUUCCAUGUUUUCAUCCAUUACAGGAAUAGUAUUUGAGAGCAGGAAGCACUGUGUAAUAAUUCUGAGCCCCCUACACACAGUAGAAGAAAGAAAACUCAUUGGAACUUUUACCUGCUGUAAAAAUAGGAUUUAGCAGAAGGUAUGCGUGGUGUAUUUGCAAGCCCAGGAUAUGGUAGGAGCUAGCUUUUUGCUUCUGUGCCUGCAGAACUCCCACUAAUACCUGUUGCAGUUCAGUGCAUAUUCUAGGGACAUUACAUGCCAUCUAUUUUAGAAAAGACCUUCCUAAUAUGAGUGAGUGAGCCACAAUAAGCAGAAAUUCCAGUUACUGCCAAUCAGUGAAAUAUAUAUAUCUAUAUAAAAGCAAAUAGAGAAAAUAAAUUAAAAUUCAGUUGUUAAAAAAAUUAGACUAAUUGCAAAAAUAUUUCAAUCAGGUUUCAAACCCAGGUACAGAUAAAUUAUGCUCAUCCCUUAUGUGAAGCUAGCUUUGCCAUAUAAAUUCUAUAGCAGUUCUUACAGAAGGUCUUUGGUAUUCCUUCAUCCACAGCAUUUGAUGUCCAAAUAUUAACAUUUUCAGUUGUGAUGCCUUAAUUUAUAAGCAGAGGGCCUGAAAUUUCGGGAGCCAAGAGAUGCCAGCCAGAAGCUGCAAAAAUUAAUAGAUGUUUAUACAGAGGCUAUUUUGGAUGAUACUGUUGUCUUGUUUCUACUUGGGGAACACUUUUGAAUGGAUGAGCCUUCAAGUGGAAAUUGUGAACAAGUGGCUACCUGAUAGAGUUGUGUUGUUUCUUUUCUUGCCCUUAUAGGGAAACUGAGCACAAACUGAAUCAUUCUGCUGCAAAAAAAAAAAAAAAGUCAUCCAACCCCAUCUUUAUCUGUCAUCUCGUUACAGCAUGCUCAUGCUUCUGGAUGAGCUCAUCGUUAGAAGUUUUUUAAAAAGAUCUAUUAUAUAUAAAUAUAUAUAUGUAUUGAAAGGUGCUAAUCAACCUCAAGCAGGUCACGUGACUGGUCAUGCGGAUCUAAAAUCAUAUCAGAUUUUUUAAAAAAUCUUCGAUAUAUGCAGAUGUUAUACAGAAUUUCUUACCAGUGUAAUAAUGAUAGACUGAAUAAACAAUCCUGCAGGUUUUUAAGGACAAGGUCAGCAAUACUUCCCACCAUGGCUUGGGGGGAAAAAGGAUAGUUUUGUCUCCUUUUUGUAUACAGCAUAAUGCACAAUGCAUUUUUGUCUAUCUCUCAGUAGCUGUUGCUUAAAAAUAUAGUUAAAAGGGUGUUAUACAAACUGUAAAGGUGUGCUUUUGAAAUUAAUUGAUGCCAGACCUUCUGGACCAGAGUUUUGUAUCACUGAUUAAAAAACUGUUACAGAGUCUGUGGUCAAUCAGAUUGUAUGAUUAUUUUAUUUUUAAAGAUUGGAAUAAUCAGCCUAUCGACAGUGUUCUAGGGCACCUACCUCCUCAGCAUACAAGUGCUGAAAAUGCUACAGAUUUUUUCUGUGUAAUUGUGGGUUUAUUUGUACAAAACGUGCAGUUCACUGUGACAUGCACUGGGACAGAAUAGGUCUGUUUGCUUAGAGCUGAUCAACAAUUGCUUUCACAAAUGUUGUUCCUUUGUAGUUAUUUACCCUUCUAGAUAUAUUGUUUGGUUUAAUUUUUAUUUUUUUUUUUUUAAUUUGGGGUACUUUGUAAGAAGGUACAACCAAGUAGGUUUUUUUGGGUUUUUUUUUAAGUUGGUUUUGGCUAAGUUUUUUUUUUAUAAGCACUACUCAGUUUGCCUUAUUCCACUAGGGAGAUUGUUGGGGGUUUAUUUAAUUCUUUUAUGUUUCUAAAAACCCCUCUUCUGUGAGCUAGAAAACAAAACUGUAGACUUGACAUAAAACUAUUGCUUAGUCAUGCUUCUAGCAGCCUUCCUCCUGCUGUGACUGCUGUAGCACUGACUUCUCACCAUCUCAACCCCAAUGCUGACCAAAGCAGGGGGAGGGCACACCAGAGUUCUGACCUCAGAUACACAAUGAAAUCAAGGCAGCCAAAUCCCUUUGCACACCCUGGUGUUUGUAUACAGACCUCUUGACUUGUCUUCAACUCUGCGGGUUUUUAAAAUUGUUGUCUGGAGUAGGUUACAUCUCUUACGUGUUAGAUCGAACCAAAGAAGCCUCCAGCCAUGCCCAAAUGCUGCUCCUAAAGCCUGCCUUCCAGUCCUUAUAAAACCCCUGCAGGAUUAAAUGUGUUAACUUUUUUAUUUUUGUACAGUUUCUAACUGGUUUUUGCUAGUGAUGUUAAUUAAGUUUAUUUGGGGAGCCUGAAUACCUCCUCCAUUGAAAGAAACUGGUGACUUUCCUUUAUGUUUAAAAAAAAAAAUUAAAAAAAAAAAAAAAAGAAAAAAGAAAAAAAAUUAAAAAAAAAAAAGAGAAACCCCAAGUGUGCCUCUCAGAUUUAAGGGUUUCUGGUUACAUUUAUUAUUAAGACCAGCAAUGAUUCUUUAUAUACAAAGAUGUUUUCCUUGUUUUUUAUUACUGUUAAAAGAAAAAAUAAAAACCUCUUUCUUUGCUCUGGACCCAGUAAUUGUGCUGGUACAUAAACGCACUGAGAAAACAAACUUUUGUUUGAAACUUUUGUAACAACUUAUGACUGUUUUUGUAUAUCAAAGUUGAUUCUUUUCAAGAUAUUUGGAUCUAGUUUCUAAGUUAUUUUAGUGUUUUAUAUGUUACAAAAAAAAAAAAAUUACUUUAAAUUGUUCACCAGCAUCUUCAGUUAUCUUUAAUGCAGUGGUGACACAAUGGGCUUAGAGCUACCUGGAGUAGCUUGUAAAGCUCUUUUCCUUCCUUCCUUAGUAACUUGAUUGAUUACAAUAAUAUCACAGAUUACCUGAACUCCCUUCCUUUAUAACUAGAUCCUCCUUACUUCUACAUUUAAUUGCUCUUAGUGUGAAGAAAUUGUUGAAAUGGGCAUUUUAAUAUAAGUAUGGCUUAAAAAAAGAGUAAAAUGAGGAAAAAGGAAAAAAAAAUUAUAGAAGGUUAUCUGUGGGUCUGUGAGAUAACAGCUGUGGAAAGAUAUUGUAGUAGUUUUAACACUAUUGUUAUUACCUUUUAAAUCAUUUACCCAAUAAAAUAAGGAAAAAGAAUCACCA